AUGGACAAGCAGUCAACAGACCACCAGGAAAAUGAGACAAGAGCACAGGCGUCGCACGGUCACGCCGCAGCUCCCAUUGACUCGAGCGUCAACUGGAUUUGCCUGGAAAAAGUCGACAAGACUCAAUGGAUGGAACAGCUCCCUUUGCCCGGCACCGCCACGGAGAAGGUCAUUUUGCUGAAGCAGUGGCAUCGAAGUCGACUUGGCUGGUGGAAUCGAAUGCUGGCAGUACUCUUGUGUCGGGAGUUCUUUGUCGCCUUCGGUACACUCGAGAUGGACUUGCCGACUCCGAGGUCUCGAGACUUUUGUGAGGUCCAGAUUGACGCAGUUAUUCGAAACGACAUCUUGAUCCGAGGCUUCACCAGUCCGAAGUCUUUAGCUGGCCAGCCGAAUCUCUUCGACAGGUUACCAGACUUCAGCGCAUACCGUCCAACAGGCCUCGAAUCUUUGACGACGCACCAUGUCCUUGUCAUUGCGCAUCGGCUGAACAAGAUCAGAGUCUUUGGUGCCUUCCUGUUGGCAGCGAGCGCGACGUUGGUGUUGAGUUUGGUUGUUGGGAUAGCGAGGCACAAUGUUGGUCUCAGCGUGGCUAUUGGAGCAACGAUCUUUGGUUUCAUUGCCACGAUACAGGUCGCCGUGGUCUGGAUGUGCAGGUAG